AUGAACGGCUACGGAUCUCCCUACCUGUACAUGGGCGGCCCGGUGUCGCAGCCACCGCGGGCGCCCCUGCAGCGCACGCCCAAGUGCGCGCGCUGCCGCAACCACGGCGUGCUGUCCUGGCUCAAGGGCCACAAGCGCUACUGCCGCUUCAAGGACUGCACCUGCGAGAAGUGCAUCCUCAUCAUCGAGAGGCAGCGGGUCAUGGCGGCGCAGGUGGCCUUGCGCCGGCAGCAGGCCAACGAGAGCCUGGAGAGCCUCAUCCCCGACUCGCUGCGCGCGCUGCCGGGGCCUCCACCCGGGGACCCCGCGGCCACCCCGCAGCCGCCAGCCUCGCAGGCGUCCCAGCCGCCGCCGCCGCCGCCACCGCCGCUGCCGCCGCCGCCGCCGCCGCCUCCGCGCCCGGCCGCUGAAUUGGCCGCGGCCGCCGCGCUGCGCUGGGCCAGCGAGGCCCAGGCCGGGGCGCUGCACGCGCCACUCGCCAAGCCAGACUUGCCGGAGGACGGGCUGGGGGACAGCGGCUCCACCGACAGCGACAAAGACGCCGCCGCCGCCACGGACGCCCGGAGCUCCCCGGACGGCGCCAAGAGCAAGGGCUGCUUCCCCCCGGAGAGCCCCGAGCUGGUGUCGGUGGACGAGGCGGCGGGGUACCCGGCCCAGAAGAACGGAGCGGGCGGCAGCACCCCGGAGAGCCGCCCGGGGAGCCCCAGGUUCCACGCCGCCGGCGCCGGCAGCGCCCCCGGGGCGGCCCCGGAGCCCGGCCAGCUGCUGAUCGAGGGCCCGUCGGGGGCCGUGGCGCUGCCCCUCGGCCUGAAGGCCAACCGCCCCCCGCUGGACGUGCUGCGCAAGAUCUUCCCGCAGCAGAAGCCCGCGGUGCUGGAGCUCAUCCUCAAGGGCUGCGGCGGCGACCUGGUGAGCGCCGUGGAGGUGCUGCUGUCCAGCCGCUCCUCCUCCUCGUCCUCCUCGUCCUCCUCGUCGUCCUCCUCCUCGCUGUCCUCCGCCGCCGCCGAGCGGACUCCCGCCGAGCCCGAGGGCCUGGUGCUGCCGUCGGGCGCGCACCUGUUCGAGCACACGCUGAGCUCCUACCCGCUCUCCUCCUCCAAGUGGUCGGUGGGCUCGGCCUUCCGCGUCCCGGACACCUUGCGCUUCUCGGCGGACUCGGCGGCCGUGGUGUCCAGCCCGCUGGCCGUCCCGCUGCAGCACCCCUUCCCGCAGCCGCCCCGCUACCCGCUGGUGCUGCGCAACACCCUGGGCCGCAGCCCCUCGGGCCCCUUCCUGCCCAACGACGUCACCCUGUGGAACACCAUGACGCUGCAGCAGCAGUACCAGCUGAGGUCGCAGUACGUCGGGGCCUUCCCCUCCAACCCGGCCCCCGGCCCCGGCAGCGGCGGCUUCCGGGGCUCCCCGGUCCUCCCCGCGCGCCCCGCCGACGACCCGCGCAUCUCCCUCCCCGAGGACGGCUGCCCCCUGGUCACCAAGCAGGCCCUGUACACCGAGGAGGACUAUGAUGAGCGGUCCGACUCCUCGGACUCCAGGAUACUCAACACCUCAUCUUAA